AUGCAAGUGCUCUGUCUGCUCUUGCGCUGUCUGAGACUAUAUGUAUAUGUCUGCUCAGACAUACCAAAGACAUACAGAAAAAGAUUGACAGGAUUACAUUCAGAGAAUAUUAUCUUCAAUUUCUACAGAAAAUUCUAUGACUUACUUAUUUCCACUGACAAUAACAUCUUUGCUGACCAAAGCAAUGAUGACAACAAUAGCAUUGAUUUGGACCUCUUUGAAGAACUUGAAAAGUCUCAAGAAUUUGAUGAUUAUCAAAUAGAUCACUACUAUCUAUUGAAUAUGCCAGAAGAUCCAAAUCUUGCCUUCAUUGCUUCUUUUGUUGCCACAUUUAUAUCAAAAUAUGUGGUAAAUUCUGGUGGUGUCAUACUGCUAAAGUUCAUCAACGAGGUUCUGGUGCAUUUUGGACAGUCCUUCCAUCUUCCCUUGAGCUUGAGUGGUCUCAAUUCCAUGACAGGAAUCGAUUUGUUGACUAGAGGCUUGCAUUGUUAUGUUGCAUGUAGUGAAUGCAACAGUGUUUAUCUUGAGUCCACGUCUGUCCCUCUGUAUUGUGAUGCUUGA